CUUUUCUCUCUUUUUUAUUUUCUUUUAUCUUUGAUUAUAUUUAUUUUUUUUUUUUAGAAUGGGAUACGCUUCUUUAGAUGCUGCUUUAGCUUUUGUAAAUAACCUUCCUCCAACAAAAUCACACCUAGUUAUUACUGAUACUUUAAAGUCGGACGCCAACUUUUUGAUACACCAUUUUGUCACUAAUCAACUCAAAGGACAACGUCGAGUUAUAUUGAUUGGUUUAGCUCAAAUCUUUAAUCAUUACUUUUUGAUUAGUCGAAAACUUGGUACCAAUCUUUUACCUUACAAACAAAACGGUCGACUUGUCUUUAUUGAUGGUGUAACACAUUUAAACGAAUAUUCUCUUGAUACCCCUUAUCCACCUUUGAAAACACCUACUACACCAACUGACACAUUAAAUAAUCAAGAUUUGAAAACUUUUUAUAUGAUUAUCAAACAAUAUAUUCAACAACAAGAACAACCACUUUUAAUAUUGGAUGAUGUCAGUAUGUUAUUAUCAAAUGGAUUUGGAUUGGCUGAAACAUGUACAUUUAUCAAUAAACUCAAGGUUUUAAUGGAAUCUGUGGAUGGGACUUUAAUAUCUUUGAUUCAUACGGAUGAAGAAGGAAAUGAUGAUAUAGAACAAGAUGCUUUUGUCAAGUCUGUGAUUCAAUCUUCAGAAAUAAUAUUACAAGUACAACCUUUAGGAAGUGGAUUAGCAAAAGAUGUUCAUGGUCAGCUUUCGAUUAUAGUUGGACCAAAACAUUUACCUAGAUCUAUCAAUAUUCAGCCUCAAUCAAUGCAUUACAAGAUAUUAGAUAAUAAUGUUCAAUUUUUUGCCAAAGGUAUCUCACAAGGUGUAUUAUAAUUUUGUAUAGAUUUUUUUUGUCUUGAAUAAAACAAAUUUGUUUUUUACUU